AUGGGUAUUACCCCAGUUCAUUUUUUCUCACAUGGCUCGACCAUGAUGCUGGGCGAGAAGUCCGAAUCCGCGGAUUACUGGAAAAAGUGCGGUGACGAGGCGUUGGCCCAUAACAUCAAAGGUGUGGUUGUAAUGGGAGCCCAUUGGGAUUGCUUGGGCGACAAGAUUGAAGUAUCGACCAACCCAAACCCUGAAAAGAGUCCCGUUGCAUAUGUGGACCCAGAAAAGUAUGUCAACUACAAGCUCAACCCGGAUCUCGGGACAUCGCAGCGAUGUAUAGACAUGCUCGCCCAGGAGGGAUUCAAUGUGGGCGCCAAUCCAACCUUUGACUGGAUUCACGACAUCUACUUGAUCUUGAUUCAUAUGUUCCCCAAUGGCUGCCCACCUACGACGAUUGUCUCGAUGAAUGCCCGCUACGAUCCACAUUACCACAUGAAAAUCGGAGCGACUCUGCGCCCACUUCGACAGGAGAGCUAUCUCCUAGUAGGAACAGGCGGUGCCGUACAUAAUCUCUACCGUAACAGAUGGAUGCCGAUGAUGCGAUUUCGGGACAAUUUCGCCAUGGAAACACCGCCAGAGGAGUGGGCGUUGGAAUUCCGCCAGGCCGUUGAGGAUGUCAUCACGAAGACAUCUGGUCCGCAACUGCGCAGGGCCAUGACCCGAUUAAUGAAACAUCCCAGGUAUCGCGAUGCUCACGCUACGGAUGACCAUUUCAUGGCCGCGAUGUUUGUUGCAGGGGCUGCAGGAGACGCGGAGGACACAGGCGUACCGGCUGUUUUGGCUGCUGAGAGUUGGGAACUGACCAACAUGUGUAACUCGCAGUUUACACUAGGGGGCUGGCCAAAGGCUAUUACUGUUUAG